AGACGCGGCGACCGCUGCACCGCACUCGGAGCUGCGGAGCGAGCCCACCCGCCCCGGGAGCUCGCCUCCCCGGUGCGCCCCCGCCCUCCCCGCCCCCCCAGCGGCGCUGCCUCCUCCAAAUGAGCGAUUCGCCCGCUGGAUCUAACCCAAGGACACCCGAGAGCAGCGGCAGCGGCAGCGGCGGCGGCGGGAAGAGGCCGGCGGCGGUGUCCCUCUUGCCCCCGGCGGACCCCCUGCGCCAGGCGAACCGGCUCCCCAUCCGGGUCCUGAAGAUGCUGAGCGCUCACACCGGCCACCUCCUGCACCCGGAGUACCUGCAGCCGCUGUCCUCCACGCCCGUGAGCCCCAUCGAGCUGGACGCCAAGAAGAGUCCUUUGGCGUUGCUGGCCCAGACUUGCUCGCAGAUCGGCAAGCCGGACCCGCCGCCCUCGUCCAAGCUCAACUCGGUAGCGGCGGCCAACGGGCUGGGAGCGGAGAAGGACCCCGGCCGCUCGGCCUCGGGCGCCGCCUCGGCCUCUGCGGCACUCAAGCAGCUGGGGGACUCCCCGGCCGAAGACAAGUCCAGCUUCAAGCCCUACUCCAAGGGUUCCGGGGGCGGCGACUCCCGCAAGGACAGCGGCUCCUCCUCUGUGUCCUCCAGCUCCUCCAGCUCCUCCUCCUUGUCCCCGGGAGACAAGGCGGGCUUCAGGGUGCCCAGCGCCGCCUGCACGCCCUUCCCCCCGCAUGGAGCGCCGGUCUCCGCGCCGUCGUCCUCGUCCUCCCCUGGCGGUUCCCGGGGCGGCUCCCCGCACCACUCUGACUGCAAGACCGGGGCCAGCGGGGAGCUGGACAAGAAAGACCAGGAGUCCAAGCCCAGCCCGGAGCCGGCGGCCGUGAGCCGCGGCAGCAGCGGGGACCCCGGCCCGCACGGCGGUGGCGGCGGCGGCGAGCCCGGGGCCUCCGGGCGCAAGUCGGAGCCGCCCUCCGCGCUGGUGGGGGCCGGCCACGUGGCACCGGUGUCGCCCUACAAGCCGGGCCACUCGGUGUUCCCCCUGCCUCCCUCCAGCAUCGGCUACCACGGCUCCAUCGUGGGUGCCUACGCCGGCUACCCGUCUCAGUUCGUGCCUGGCCUGGAUCCCAGCAAGUCUGGCCUCGUGGGAGGCCAGCUGUCGGGGGGCCUGGGCUUGCCGCCGGGCAAGCCCCCCAGCUCCAGCCCGCUCACCGGGGCCUCCCCGCCGUCCUUCCUGCAGGGAUUAUGCCGAGACCCAUACUGCCUGGGAGGUUACCACGGCGCCUCGCACCUCGGCGGCUCGGGCUGCUCCACGUGCAGCGCGCACGACCCGGCCGGGCCCGGCCUGAAGGCAGGGGGCUACCCGCUAGUGUACCCGGGGCACCCGUUGCAGCCGGCCGCGCUCUCGUCCAGCGCCGCCCAGGCGGCUCUCCCCGGCCACCCGCUCUACACCUACGGCUUCAUGCUGCAGAACGAACCGCUGCCGCACAGCUGCAACUGGGUGGCGGCCAGUGGGCCGUGCGACAAGCGCUUCGCCACCUCGGAGGAGCUGCUCAGCCACCUGCGGACUCACACGGCCCUGCCCGGCGCCGAGAAACUUCUGGCCGCCUACCCGGGGGCCUCGGGCCUGGGCAGCGCCGCCGCAGCCGCUGCGGCCGCUGCCUCCUGCCACCUGCACCUGCCCCCGCCCGCCGCCCCCGGCAGCCCGGGGUCGCUGUCCUUGAGGAGUCCACACACUUUGGGGCUAAGCCGGUACCACCCGUACGGCAAGAGCCACUUGUCCACAGCCGGGGGCCUGGCCGUGCCGUCGCUGCCCACAGCUGGACCCUACUACUCACCGUACGCGCUGUACGGACAGAGACUGGCCUCCGCCUCGGCACUCGGGUACCAGUAACCACAGCCCUGCCUCCUCCCCGCGCCCUCCUGCCCCACCCGCCGCCGCUGCAGCCCCCCGCCGCCUGCCCCCGCCGCCGGCACCCCCCCCUCCCACCGCCCACAUCCCUCCCCUCCCCACCGGACUGUGUAUUUAUUUACUAUAAUGUUAGCUUACAAGCUGGGAAUAUAAGUGCAUUAACGACCCACAAGAGUCAAUGGUAUGCAAAGAGUCUGUUCGCCCCUCCCCUCCCCGAAUAAUAAUAUUAAUCACACCAGUAACUACAUGCCCCCGCCCCCCCCCCCCCGCCUUUCUUUUCUGUUUUAUUUUUUCUUAGAUGUAAGUUUGCCUUUUUUUUUUUUUUUUUUUUUUGGAUUGGUUUGGUUUUAUCUGGAGGAGGGGGCAGCGUGGGAGCUUCUUUUUGUUUUCCCUCCAGGGGGACUUGCUUGCAUGCUUCCUAACGUUCAAACUACGUUUCCUCCUCCCCGCCCCGCCCCUCUGCCCUUCAUUCCUUCUUGUUUCUGUCCAUUCGAGGUUCUGGUUUGUUGGAUUUUUUUUUUCUUUGUACAAGUAACAGAGAGGAGGUAUUUUUUUGUAACGCAUUCGGAGGUGUUGGGAGCGACCUUGGGGGCUGAAGGUCUUGAGCUCUGUGGACCGGGGACUCUGCCCUGUGACCACUCCCCUGCCACUCUCUCCCCUCUGGGCUCCUUGGUCUGCUCCCUGGUCCCCCAGAUUAGAGCCUUGCUCCCCUAUCUUGCUCUGAGCACGAGUCAGUGGCUGGAGAGUCUUCCAAUAGCCUUUCCCCUUUCCAGACUCUGAAAGGCCCCAACCACUCCGUGGUGGUCGCACCACCUGCUGGUGAGGGGGCUGGCAGGGCUCAUCUCAUUCAAGUAAAAGUCCUAGAAGGCCCUGCUGGCAUGAAACUUUGCUGUUUAUAGUUUGCAAAGUGCUAUUAUAGUCAUUGUUUUUCUCUGAUAAUUGGGGCAGGGGUCCCUGUCCUGGCGAUGGGGGCUGGGUCGGUGAUUCUUGCUAGAUCCUUCCAAAGCAGACCAGUGGCAGUAUCAGCUGGCAGUACAACCCUUUUAGCACCUUUGGGGGGUGUGGGAGGGGAGUCAGGGAGCACGCGGAUCACAGCAGAGCCCGUCACCCCUUCCCAGGCCUGACCCAAGAGUCCCCAGAGUUGGCCGUGGGCUCCCUCAGUUACUGGGAUCGAAGACUCGGCCCAGGGUCUUCUCCCGACCCCUCCCUCCCACCCACCCUCUGGGCCUGAUGCAGGGGGCUGCGGGGCCCAUUUGAGAUGAAUAGAGCUCUCCUUGGUAAGACUUAUUUUGUUAAUAAAUGGAGUACUUGGC